ACAAGCUGUAGGAUUUUGACGUUCGGCAUCCGGUUUUGCGCUACCAUGGGAGAAAGCGGGGACAAUUCUUAUAUUAUUCGCCCGAACUUCCAGCAUAAAUUUAGAACUGCGACAGUAAAGGACUGCAUCCGAUCCGUCUUGAAGGAAGAACUCAAAAGCAAACAGUAUAUUCCAGAGGAGGUUCCACAGCUGACUCGGUUUUUGUCAGAGACAAUAAAGGAUAAACUGAAAGAAAUGGGCUUUGAUAGGUAUAAGAUGGUGGUUCAGGUUGUGAUUGGUGAACAGAGAGGCGAAGGAGUAAAAAUGGCUGCCAGGUGUUUCUGGGACGCAGAUACCGAUAAUUAUGCUGAAGAGGUUUUUAUGAAUGAGUACCUGUUUUGUGUUGCAGCUGCAUUUGGAUGCUUUUACUAUUAAGAAGACUCGAUCUAAUAUAAAUAUUGACUUGGAUAUUUAUUGUUUUUUCAUUGUGCAAUAUUGUGUCCCAUAAGA